CUGGUCACGCCACCAUCGGUCGCUCUCUCAAUCAAUCCCUGGCCGCGAGUAGCAUCCGCUCCCCUUUUCCAUCCCGCCGACUGCGCCGCCACCCCGUUCCGUACAUCAUCCUCCUCCGUCAUCGGCGGCGGUGGCUUGGGUUUUCCCUCGCUUGGUCGGCGCGUUCUCCAAUCGCUCGACCUCUUUCCCUCUUUUCGAAGGGCCCAGGAUCCGAAGAAAGAAACCCUAAAUCCGAAGCCAAUCCAAGAACCGACGGGAUCAGGCAAACGCAAGAGGCGCGGAGGGACUCCCUCCGGUCCUUCCUCUUAGGUUGUAUCAGCAGUUGUAUUGCUGAAAGCAUUUAGAGCUUGUUUAUCUUGGGUGAUAAGUGGUCUCCGGCUAAGUAGUUUACGUGAAAUGGAGAUACAAACAUCUGGCAAACCUAUUGAUAGUUUGCUAGAGAAGGUUCUUUCAAUGAACAUUCUAUCUUCAGAUUAUUUCAAAGAACUUUACAGAUUGAAGACUUACCAUGAAGUUAUAGAUGAGAUCUACAACCAAGUUGAUCAUGUGGAACCAUGGAUGACUGGAAAUUGCAGAGGUCCUUCCACAGCAUUUUGUCUCCUGUACAAGUUCUUCACAAUGAAACUCACUGUCAAGCAAAUGCAUGGACUUUUGAAGCAUCCUGAUUCUCCUUAUAUUAGAGCUAUUGGUUUCCUCUACCUGCGCUAUGUUGCAGAUCCAAAGACAUUAUGGACUUGGUACGAGCCAUACAUCAAGGAUGAUGAGGAAUUCUCUCCUGGUUCUAAUGGUCGACUUACGACAAUGGGGGUAUAUGUGCGUGAUCUUCUUCUUGGUCAGGUAGUAAGGACUAGGGAUUGUCGUUUCGCUCGCAUCGGUACGAAACAGGUGGUGCAUAUUGGUCCGAGCAUUGACCAGUAUGCGGACCCACCUCAGUUCGGUCCGCUGCAUAAGAGAAGUGGGGAACCCUAAUUUCCACUUCUCACAUGAGCAUCGCCUUCGAUGUUGUGAUCGACGGAGUGCGAUCGUGACCUCAUGGCACAUCGCCACGUCUCAGGUAAGUCUUUCUUCUCUUCCUCUUUCUCCUUCCUUCUUCCUCUUCCAUCACUUCGUCUUCUUCUCUCUUUCUUCCUCCUUUCUCCACCGUUCCUUCCUCUUCUCCUUUUUUUUCUUCCUCUUUGGUACUUACCGAUGCGUCGACAGAUGGUACACCGUUAUGGCCUGAUGAAUCUCCGAGUCAGAUCCUGUACCUGGUUUGGCAAACCCUGGUAAGGACAACUAUGUGCUGUUGGAUUGAAUUCUCAAUUAUUUAGAAGUUGAAUCAAACAUUAAUUAUAAUAUAGCUGAUCCAAUAGGUUUCUAGUUGCAUAACGAGGUUUCUUAAACAUCAGUUUGUACCUGGACCAACCGCAAUCUAAUUAUCUACCAAUCUGUUUGCAGUCCUACUGAUGGUCUUGCUUCAAUAUCAAUAUGGGGGACAUUAAUUGAGAGAGAAAAUACAUUAUUAAGUUCACGAGACUAUCUUUUACUUUGUGGUCUUGUGGUUAAUAGAUGCAGAUCUUCGCUUGUGUUUGGUCAGUAUCCUCACUAGAUGAUUGGUCCAAAAGUGAUGGUUUUUCUAACUUGAUGUCCCAAUUAUACUACUGAUAUUACUUUUUUUUUAAAACUCUGAUCUGUUCCUCUUCAGAUUUUUCUCUGUUUGUCCCUUCUUUUUGUUUCUCUCUUGCAGACCUUAAUCCUUUGAGUAAAGAUAGAGGUUAUAGAAGGAAAAUGUCCUAUUAAUCUCUUGAUUGGAUUGUCUCAUAUUAGUAAUUUAUUCAACCUUGGCUCGUGGAUUUUGGCUUUUACAUAGUUUGUAACUGCAUUAUUCUUGGCUUUUCGUGCAUCAUGUCGAAAUGAACACCAUAAAGUUUGAGAUAAGUAUUAUGAGUAUGCAAACAUUUUGGAAAACCGUAUAAAGAUCUUCACUUUUACUAGUGGACUAUUCGUGUAGCUGCCAUCUUUAUAAUUCGUAUAUUUGCCAUAUUCGUAUUUCUCUUUAUGCACUUUUAAAGUCCAAAUACAUGCCACAGUUUUAGUAUUAUAAUCUUCAAGUGUUUUGGAGUGAUUCUAUAGGAUGUUUAAAGUUUGUUACUGAGACAUUUUUUAUUGAAAAGGAAAGAAGAUAUAUUGCAUUAAGUAUCAAGAACAUAAAAGGGGGUUUGGGAAGUCAGCCACAGUAUAUAAAAAAUGUGACCCAAGAGUCCGCCCAAGGUUUGCCAGUGAAUGCUAACAAAAUUACUAGACCUAGGUAUGUAACUGAAGUUUACAACUUUGAGCUUAGCAAUGAGAGGUAAGAUGAAAGGAGCUUGGCAAUGAGUAAACUUGAAAGUAGCUUAGCAAUAAGCUGCUGCCUCUGUUAUUUGUCUAUACAUGGUGAAAUGAAACUGUAAUGAAAUAAAGACCAGUGCACUGUUGCAUAUAAUGCCGUUAGGCAUCUAUAUGGUAGCUGGUGAUUGCAUGUAAUGCCUUUAGGCAUCUAGAUGGUGGCUGGUGACUGCACCAGUCUGCUACUUUCGGUCUAGGUUGAACCAUAAAUCCCUUUUCAUCUUCUGUUUCUUAGCAGAAUGUUUGAUUCCAGUCAUCCUUUGAACAUCACAAAAUUGUGAUUAGUUUAUGUUGAUUGAUAUUCUUCUCACAGCGGACUGUUAAAUGUUGAGAAACUUAUGUUUUAAAACUGUCUGGAGAAGCAACAACAUCAACCAUCUACCCUUUCUUUUAUGGUCUUUAUGGUACCCUUUUUAGAAUUUUGGAAUCAUCUGCUCUUUCCACAUGUUAAUUUUUUUUACUGUCACACUGCUGACACUGACUGAUCUUUCAUAGCUGGGGUCGUGAACGUUUUGGAUGCAGUUGAAUGUAUAUCAUUCCAUGUUACACAUUGUAUUGCUACUCCCAUAGCUUGUCUCCCUCACCAUAAUUGUUCAUUGAACUCUUCAUUCCUCCCUAGUGCUGAUUGUCAUUCACCUCUAUGGCGUUCUAAUGUGGCAAAAUGCUGCAUGGUUUUGAUUAGGGGAUACAUAUAUGUAGUUUUUCCUUUGCAGUCAAUACGCAUCAUUUUGCACUCUUACAUUAUCAGAAGUAGUUGAUUAGUUUGAUUGAAUAACAACAUUAGCAUUUUAUUCUUUUCUGAUCUGAACGCACUGGAAAUUUAAUGUUUUGGUAAUUUUGGUGCUGCUCUGAUCAUAUAAGCUUUAUCACAAAUCUUCUAAUGUUUGUGGGUAUAAUG